GUUGCAUGUGCUGCAGCCACAGUGAGCAGAUCAGGGCUUGAGCCAAAGGCGAACACACCCACCAGCCGAGACAGGACUGCUUUAUUCAGCGACUCCUCUCCACCGAGCUCACACUGCCACCAGAUCAACUUCCACUCAGACCGUUCAGCAGGGACGACCUCCUCACACCCGUACGCUCACGCCCGCCUGCUCGUCUCAUCUGAUCAAUAAUCGCCAUGGAAACCCCGAGCCAGAAAAUAGGCCGCAGAGCCGUGUCCCCGGCCCGCAUCACCAGGCUGCAGGAGAAGGAGGAGCUGUGCAACCUCAAUGACCGGCUGGCCGUCUACAUCGACAAGGUGCGCUCCCUGGAGUCGGAGAACGCUUCGCUGCGGCUGCGGAUCUCCGAGUCCGAGUCCGUGGUCACCCGCGACCUGUCGGGCAUCAAGGCCACCUACGAGACGGAGCUGUCCGACGCCCGGAAGACCCUGGACCAGGUGGCGAAAGAGCGAGCGCGACUGCAGCUGGAGCUGGGAAAGAUCAGGGAGGAGCACAAGGAGCUGAAAGCCAGGAACGCUAAGAAGGUGUCGGACCUGGAGGCGGCGCUGGUCCGGCUCCGGGACCUGGAGGCCAUGCUGAACUCCAAAGACGCCGCCUUCACCACCACCCUGGGGGAGAAGAGGGGUCUGGAGGCCGAGGUGAAGGAGCUGAAGGCCCAGCUGGCCAAGCUGGACAUCAGCUUGGCCGACGUGAAGAAGCAGCUGCAGGACGAGAUGCUGAGGAGAGUGGACGCCGAGAACCGCCUGCAGACCCUGAAGGAGGAGCUGGAGUUCCAGAAGAACAUCUCUGCUGAGGAGCUGCGCGAGUCCAAGCGUCGCCACGAGUCUCGCAUGGUGGAGAUCGACAGCGGCCGGCAGCAGGAGUUUGAGAGCAAACUGGCCGUGGCUCUGGCCGAGCUGAGGGCGCAGCACGAGGAGCAGGUCCACAUCUACAAGGAGGAGCUGGAGAAGACCUACAACUCCAAGCUGGAAAACGCCCGUCACUCAGCUGAGAGGAACAGCAACAUGGUCGGAGCUGCUCACGAGGAGCUGCAGCAGACCCGGGUUCGUCUGGAGGGCAUGACGUCCCAGCUGAGCCAUCUGCAGAAACAGCUGACGGCAAGUGAGGCUAAGGUGCGCGAGCUGGAGGAGACCCUGACGCGAGAGCGCGACCUGAUGAGGCGACGUCUGGAGGACAAAGACCGAGAGAUGGCGGAGAUCCGAGCCCGGAUGCAGCAGCAGCUGGACGAGUACCAGGAGCUGCUGGACAUCAAGCUGGCCCUGGACAUGGAGAUUCACGCUUACAGGAAGCUGCUGGAGGGAGAGGAGGAGAGGCUGCGUCUGUCCCCCAGCCCCUCCUUCACGAAGGUGACCGUGGCCCGCUCGUCCGGCUCCAGCCGCCUGCACCACUCCUCCGCCGUGGCCUCCAGCAGCCGCAACUCCUCCGGCGCCAGCAGCUCCAAGAAGCGGCGCCUGAACGACAACGACAGCGAGACCUCCAGCAUGGUGGGCGGCACCGUGACCAAGGCCCGCAUCAGUCAGCACGCCUCGGCCAGCGGGCGCAUCACCGUGGACGAGGUGGACCUGGAGGGGAAGUUCAUCCGCCUGAGCAACAAGGCUGACGAGGAUCAGUCUCUGAGCAACUGGCAGCUGAAGCGACAGGUGGGGAGCGGCGCCCCCAUCGUCUACAAGUUCCCCCACAAGUUCACCCUGAAGGCCGGAGCCAGCGUGACCGUCUGGGCUGCCUCUGGGGGAGGAAGCCACAAGCCCCCCACUGACCUGGUGUGGAAGAGCCAGAGCUCCUGGGGGUCCGGUGACCUACUGCAGACCACCCUCAUCAACGCCAACGGAGAGGAAAUGGCCUCGAGGAAAGUGACGCGCACGUUGUUCCAGGAUGAUGAAGAUGAAGAGGGAGCUCACAGCACGAGCGGAGCGGACGACCACGCCGAGUACAACCUGCGCAGCCGCACCGUCGUCUGCGACUCGUGCGGUCAGUCGUCGGAUCGCAGCGGCGGGUUGGCCGAAGGCCUCGUGGGACAGUCCUACUUCAUGGGAACCAACGAGCCCCGACAGGGCCGAGUGAAGCCGGAGAACUGCUCCGUCAUGUAACCAGCCAACCGUCACCUGAACGCACCACAGAGGAGUCCUUUCCCUCCGUCAGGAUGUUUGUCUUCAUUUUUAUAUAAAUAUGAUUAUGGUUUUGUACCCAGGUUAGAUUAGCUUCAAGGUUUGGGUGAAGGGCUCAGAGUUUUUCAUGUUCCCGCUUCCUGCAUGUCCGCUGCGCUGAACGCUUCUCCAGGACUCGGUUCUGUCCGAGCACUCGGCUCCGCUGACCGGCGCUUCCAUCCCAGUCGGCAUUUCUCGUUUGACCCCGACAGGUUAACGGGCCUGAGGUCCGUUCUCACCGCAGCUUCGGGCUGUUUAUAUGCAACAGGACAAUCCUGCAAAGGCUCAGGUUUGAAACGUUUCCAAAGUGCUUUAAAAUAUUAUUUUCAGCAAAACAAUCAUUUUGUCUGAUCGUCCUCUGCUCAGAUAAAUCUGCUGCAGAAGAAUCAACUCAUCAUGCUCAGAUGUUUCAUGUCCAGGAUGUAUUUAUGAUGUUUUUGUGCUUUAAAUCAGAACAGAUCAGAAAUCUCAUCAGCUGCAUCUGUUUUUUUUUUAGAUUAGAACAGCAGUCUUGUGACUGUCAGCCCCCCCAGCCCCCAUCGAGCCUUUAAAACCGGUCACAAGCUUCUUUUUUUGUUUUCCUGCUCAGCUUGGUGCCUUCAUGAACCUUCAGUUCAGCUUGUAUCACUUCACGCUUUGCUUUUAUCGCAGCAGCUCCACGUGUCCUGUCGUUCGGCAGCUGGACUCUUUUAUACUCCAGUGGAAAGUUUAGCAAAAUGGAAAAUACUUGACGGCUGUUUAUUUUUUGUCCGAUGCAACAGUUAUGUAAUCUUUAUUCCUCAAGUGCCUCGUCUUGUAACGACCCUAACGACCAGCAGGGAGCGGUUAUCAUGCAGCGUGUUGUUUUGUGUCAGCUGAACCUCAGUUCAGGGAGGAGCCGAAGCUUCGGCUGAUGGUUGAGCUCCUGCUGUCGGCUCGUCAUGAAACUUCCCUGUUUGAUGCUUUAAACUCGCACCCAAAGCUGUUGAUGCCAAAGAUUUAUUUUCCUUCCAGAGUUAACAGAGGCCGAGCAUCGAGUUUUUUCUUUUCUAUAAUAAUGCUGAAUAAAAACUAUUUUUUCCA